UAAAUAAUAAUAAUUUGAUGUAACAGCUGGGUGUCACUUGGCCCGUCUGACCCCGUUCUAGUCUCUUCUCCUUCUGCAGUGCUGUGGUCCGGAUUCACUUCUUACCCCAUGCUCAGGUGUACGUCCUACCACAUUCGCAGAUGCACCAUCACCACUACCACCUACUCCCAUCGUCACCACCACCAUCGCACUGUAUGCCUUGACACCAAUGUCCUUGCAAACAGUCUCAAGGAUAUCGUCUGCUACAGGCUUUUGUCAACGCCAUUUAACUUUCUAUCGUUCGCUACUAAACGCACGCUACUACACACACAACAAUCUCCAUUGACUUAUGCCACGAACAUGGCUCCGAAGAGAGUUUGUAUCAUUGGAUCAGGAAAUUGGGGUUCAGCUAUUGCUAAAAUUACAGGCAAAAAUGUGAGUGAGCGCACAAAUCUAUUUGAACGUACUAUAAACAUGUACAUGUAUGAAGAACUAUACGAGGGCCAGAAACUCUCUGAAAUUUUCAAUACUACACAUAUAAAUGUUAAAUACCUUCCUGGAAUCACAAUACCUGAGAAUGUGGUUGCUGUCCCUGAUGUUCUCAAAGCCACUGAAAAUGCCGAUAUUUUAAUAUUUGUUUUACCACACCAAUUUGUUCAAGGAAUAUGCAGUACCAUUAAAGGAUCUAUAAAACCUGGAGCAAUAGCUGUAUCUUUAAUCAAAGUUUCGGAUGUUUCAGUCACCGAUUUUCUACGUAUUUCUUCUGAUGGCAAACAUAGCAAAAGAUUGUCGUCCCUUUUUUUUUUCUUUAUAAUAAGUAAUAUCUUGUUAUUGUUAAAAUUUACCAGGUUAUCACAUCCAUUGUCGCUGAUACAGGAAAAGGGUUGCAAAAAAAAAGAAGUAGGGCUUUUAAUGAAAAAUUUGUUUGAUACAACUUAUUUCCGAUGCUCAGUUGUUGAAGAUGCUGCAACAGUUGAAGCUUGUGGGGCAUUAAAGAAUGUAGUCGCUGUCGGUGCAGGCAUUGGUGAUGGCCAUAAAAUGGGGGAUAAUACCAAAGCCGCAAUUGUCAGACUUGGCAUGUUGGAAAUUAUAGAAUUCAUCGAUUUCUUUUUUAAAGAGUCAAAUUUGAGAACAUAUUUUGAAAGUUGUGGCCUCGCUGAUCUAGUAACUACCUGUCAUGGUGGACGAAAUAGGAAAUUAGGAGAAGCUCUUGUGUACUCUAAUAAGACCCUUAUUGAACUGGAGGAAGAGAUUUUAAAAGGUCAGAGUUUUCAAGGACCUUUAGUAGCCAAAGCAGUUUUUGAAAUUUUGAAAUCCAAAAAGAUGGUAGAAAAGUUCCCAAUAUUUGUGGCUGUCCAUUUGAUUUGUCAACGCAAAAUGAAAACCUCUGAAUUUAUUAACUCUCUGAUGAACCAUCCAGAACACAAAACUCAUUGAGAUUUUAUUUAUAUAUUUCAGUUUAGCUUAUUUGUUUUUUUCUAAAUUGAUAGGUUAAUGCUUUUAUUUUUGCUGCUUUCAAUGUUUUUAAAAUUAUUUUGAAUUAUUGCUUGCUUUUUUCUUUUUUUUCUUGAGUUUACUCAGAAUUGGUUUAAGAUACAUUUUACUUUCAAGGAAAAAUUGAAUUUAUACUAAAUUCACCAGUAUUAUUAACUUUAAUUUAUUCAAGAAAGAAACAGCUAUUUAUUUUUAAACAUAGAUUCUUUUUCUCUUUUUAUGUAGAUCUUCACAAUAUCAUGGCUAUAUUUAUUGCAUCAGCUCUUACUACAAGCAUAAUAUAAAUAAUGCUUCUUGCCGAUAUUGCUGGAAUAUAGGAGUCAACAGAAACUUAAUGAUUUCAUUGGUGAAAUGAUGUGGUUCUAUAUCUGAAAGACUGAUUAAUAUAUUAGUCUACUAAUACUGAACUUUUCCAUUUAUGUAUGAUAUAUAUAUAUAUAUAUAUAUAUAUAUAUAAAUAACAAUAAAAAUAAAAAAGGGGUUUGUAUAAUAGUGUAUAGAGGAAUAUAUUAUUCAAAAGAAUUCCAACUCUGUCCGUUUUUAUGUUGUAUUUAUAUUCUUAUAAAAUUAAUGUGGGAUAUAGAAUAUGGAAUAUAUAAUAUAUAUAGUAAAAUGAAAUGAAGUAUUGAAUGUCUUAUUGAAUAUUAAAUAUAUAAGGACAUUAAAUAUAUAAGGACUAGUGUACUUUCCUGCUUUCUAGCAGUCUUCGACCUUGAAGACUGCUAGAAAGCAGGAAAGUAUACUAGUCCUUAUAUAUUUAAUAGUCAAUAUUUCAUUUAUUUGUAAUGCUGUGGUAUUAACACGACAUAAAUAUGCAUGAACAUUUUAUUUAAUUAAAUAAUGUUGAACUCUUUUGAAUUUUGGGCAUGAUUCAAUGAGUCAAAUUUUAAUAUAUUCUGUUCUUCCUGCAUGUAAAUAUCUGUAUAUUUAUUUAUAUUUAUAUAAACCUAUUUUAGCAGAAUGAAAUGAUAUUUAUGUGAGCCUGUGUGUGUGAGUGACAAAAAAAGAGACAGGCAGCAUGUAAGUAUGUAAGUACAUAGAUGGAGUUCAUAUAUACAUGCUGGAUUCAGAAAACAACAAUAUAUUUUUAUUAUUAUAUAAUUUAUCUAUUUUUAUUUAAUUUCAUUUGUUUUUAAGAUUUAAAAAAAAAUAUUACUAAUUUGAAGACAACUAUUUUGUUCUGUUCAUGAUAUAAGUCUAAAAAAGGAAAUGGAAAUAUAACAUUUUCAAAGUUAUGUAUUGAUGUUUCAUUUUUGAAAUACAAAGAAAUAUAUUGCUAUACACCCUCAAUAUAACAAUGGCUUGCUGUAAUGGAUUUUCAUUUAUACAGAUUUCAUUCUUUAAAACUUUUUUUGGAAUGGUUAAACAUGUAAUAGAAUGUCUCAUAGCUCCUUGGCUCUUAGAGGCACCAUUUCAGUUUUUAGCUUCAAAAAGAGAUAAAUUAAAACCUCAAUUCUCUAGCUUGUUGCUAUGAAGAGAUAAAAAAAAAAAACGUAUUUUGAAAAGUAAAGAACCUUAUUGAGUUCCACUCAGUGGAGUAACGUGGAUGCUGAGUCCAACUUAAUUUUCAUAAAAUAUCUGAUAUGAGCUCUGACAUUUGUCUCCAAGCCUUGUCCACGGGAAGAAUUAGCCAGCAUCUGUAAAUUAUACUUGUCAGUUUUAGACUUCUGUCAAUACUUUGAGCAACAUGUUAUUUUUACACUUUUUUCUUUUCCUUUUUUUAGUUAUUUUAUUUUGCUAGCAUUUAGUCGGGGUGAAAAUGGCAGUGCUUGUGCCCUUUAUCUUUAUAGGGUUUGUAAGACUGAUGAGAGGAAACUAUCCACAAACUGAAAAAUUAGCCUAAAUGUUUGGAAACGGUGAACUUCUCUAAGAUCACCCAAGGACUAGGUGGAAUUUGAAUAAUAAUUAAAAAAAUUUUGAGUGUUGGAAAAGAAUAUGUUCUUUAUGCUGCUUGUUAUAAUUAACUAAUCAUGAACUUAAUUUUAUAAAGUGAUGUACAAGUCUAUUAGUUGCAUAGUUAACAUAGAGAUGCCCUAAAUAUAUGCCUCUAGUUCUUUGAAAUGCUUGUACUGACUGGCGACUAUAGUCAACUCUAGCUUAAUCUUCAUGAAAUAUUGACACUAGUUUUUUCUAAUAUUCUGUUAAAAAGAGAAUUGAAGAGACAUAAUUGUAGGUGUAGUAUUAGUGUAGAUGUUUCAUUAUAUGAUUUUGUUAAAGUUUCUUUUUUUAAUAUAAAAAUGGAAAAAUUUGUGUAAUUUCAGACAAACUUUUUUUGAAAAAAAAAAAGAAAAAAUGAUUAUAGCUUUAUCUUGUGUUAUAUGCAAUUAAGUAAUUGCCACAAGAUUGUUGGUGUUGUCAAAGGAUAUAUAAUUCCUAAAUUUGAAAGAAAACAUGAGAUGUUAUGUUGGUGAUGUUGCUGCUGAAUGUGAGGGUGAUGAAGAUUGAAAUCACAAAAAAAGCCAGAGACAUUUUUAAAAAUAUUCCUUUAUCUAAUGUAGUUAGUUUGUACCUUUUCGUAUUUCAGUGAUGUAAUUCAAGUUUUGAAAAUGAACUCUUUUGAAAACAGUUCCAGAACUAAACUAUUUAACUGUUUCACUAAUUUAUAAUGUUAAUUUAUUAUAUUCCUAUUCCAACAUUCCAAAUUCCAUUUAACAUGAAUUUCCCAAUCUUAUUUGUCAUUAAAAUGUUAUUUUCUUUAACUUUUCUAAUUUUAUAUUCCUUGGAAAUAUUUAUUAAAAAAACUAACACUU